UUUGGAAGUCAGAGCCGCACAUCCUGCUCUCCCGGGUCAAGUCCCCCUUGGACUGGCUCUUAUUCGUCAUUUGCUGACUGGGGCCAACGGGGGCCCCCGGAACGUGGCCUCCCGGGCCAUUCUGCUCCUUCUCGGGGCUCUCAAGCCCCUGCUGCCGACGAUGGCCUGGCCUGGGAACUCUGCUGGUUCCCUCAGCUAAUUAUGAGACACGACUGUGCCCGCAGGUCUGGGGGCCGGAGAAUCAAGCCCCCCGGCAAACACCGGAGGACGUGUCUAGUCUUUGGUGAACUCUAGCGGAUUCCUGGAUCUGGUCCACUCGGGUGGUAAGCAUGAUGCCACUUCUGCCGCUUCUGCUGGGACUUCUGGGGCCUGGUGGCUCCUUGCUCCUUUCGGGGGAUUGUCAGGAGGUGGCCACUCUCACGGUGAAAUACCAGGUGUCCGAGGAAGUGCCGGCCGGCACGGUGAUAGGGAAGCUGGCCCGGGAGCUGGGCCGGGAGGAGCGGCCCGGGCUGGCGGGGGGUGCCUUCCAGGUCUUGCAGCUGCCUCAGGCGCUGCCCAUCCACGUGGAUGCUGAGGACGGCCUGCUCAGCACAGGGAAGCGGCUGGACCGGGAGCAGCUCUGCCGGCAGCAGGAUCCCUGCCUGGUUUCCUUUGACGUGCUGGCCGCAGGGGACUUGGCCCUCAUCCACGUGGAGGUCCAGGUGCUGGAUAUCAAUGACCACCAGCCCCAGUUCCCCAAAGGCGAGCAGGAGCUGGAAAUCUCGGAGAGCGCCUCGCUGAGCACCCGGAUCCCCCUGGACAGAGCUCUGGACCCAGACACCGGGCCCAACACCCUGCACUCCUACACCCUGUCCCCCAGCGAGCACUUUGCCCUGGAUGUCAUCGUGGGGCCCGAUGAGACCAAACACGCGGAGCUCGUGGUGGUGAAGGAGCUGGACCGGGAAAUCCGCUCGUUUUUUGACCUGGUGUUGACUGCCUAUGACAGCGGGAACCCCCCCAAGUCAGGCACCAGCCUGGUGAAGGUCAACGUCCUGGACUCCAAUGACAACAGCCCUGUCUUUGCUGAGAGCUCGCUGGCACUGGAAGUCCAAGAAGACGCUGCCCCUGGCACUCUCCUCAUCAACCUGACUGCCACAGACCCUGACCAAGGCCCCAACGGGGAGGUGGAAUUCCUCCUCAGCAAGCACGUGCCUCCAGAGGUGCUGGACGCUUUCAGCAUCGAUGCCAAGACCGGCCAGGUGAUCCUGCGGCAACCCCUGGACUACGAGAAGAAUCCCGCCUACGAGGUAGACGUCCAAGCGAGGGACCUGGGUCCCAACCCCAUCCCAGCCCACUGCAAAAUUCUCAUCAAGGUUCUGGACGUCAACGACAACGCUCCGAGCAUCCACAUCACGUGGGCAUCCCAGCCGUCGCGGGUGUCCGAAGCGCUGCCCAAGGACAGUUUCGUUGCUCUCGUCACGGCAAACGACCUGGACUCGGGCAACAACGGGCUGGUCCACUGCUGGCUGAGCCAAGAGCUGGGCCACUUCAGGCUGAAGAGGACCAACGGUAACACGUACAUGCUGCUAACCAACGCCACGCUGGACAGAGAGCAGUGGCCCCUGUACACCCUCACUCUGCUGGCCCAGGACCGGGGACCCCAGCCCUUGUCAGCCAAGACGCUGCUCAGCAUUCAGAUCAGUGAUGCCAACGACAACGCACCCGUGUUCGAGAAGAGCCGAUACCAGGUCUCCACUCGGGAGAACAACCUCCCCUCCCUUCAUCUCAUUACCAUCAAGGCCCACGACGCAGACCUGGGCGUUAACGGGCAAAUCUCAUACCGCAUCCAGGACUCCCCGGUUUCUCACUUGGUAGCGAUCGACCCGGAUACAGGAGACGUCACGGCGCAGAGGUCACUGGACUAUGAACAGAUGGCCGGCUUCGAGUUCCUGGUGGUGGCGGAGGACGGGGGCCAGCCCCAGCUGGCAUCCAGUGUCUCCGUGUGGGUCAGCAUCCUGGAUGCCAACGAUAACGCCCCAGAGGUGAUUCACCCCAUGCUCAGCGAUGGGAAAGCCAGCCUCUCGGUGCUUGUAAACGCGUCCACGGGUCACCUGCUGGUGCCCAUCGAGACGCCCAACGGCCCGGGUCCAGCAGGCACCAACUCGCCCCCACAGGCCGCCCCCGGCUCCCAGCCAUUCUUUUUGGCAACCAUCGUGGCGAGAGAUGCAGACUCGGGGCCAAACGGAGAGCUCCUUUACAGCAUCCGGAGUGGGAACGAGGCCUGUCUCUUUGUCCUCAGCCCCCGCCUGGGGCAGCUGUUCGUCAAUACCACCAAUGCCAGCAGCCUCAUCGGGAGCGCGUGGGAGCUGGAGAUCGCGGUGCAGGACGGCGGCAGCCCCUCCCUGCAGACCCGAGCCCUGCUGAGGGUCGUGUUUGUCACCAGUGCGGACCACCUGAGGGACUCAGCCCGCGAGCCCGGGGCCCUGAGCCCGUCAAUGCUCACGGUGAUUUGCCUGGCCGUGCUGCUGGCCGUCUUCGGGUCCGUCUUGGCUCUGAUCAUGUCCAUCUGCCGGACGGAGAAGAAGGACCACAGGGCCUACAACUGCCGAGAGGCCGAGUCCUCCUACCGUCACCAGCCCAAGAGGCCCCAGAAACACAUCCAGAAGGCAGACAUCCACCUCGUGCCUGUGCUCAGGGGCCAGGGGGAGGAGACUGGCGACGUCGGGCCGCCCCCCAAGCACGUGAGCAGCGAAACGACGCUGGAAGCGGGCUGGGACCCCUGCCUGCAGGCCCCCUUUCACCUCACACCCACGCUGUACAGGACCCUGCGUAACCAAGGCAACGAGGGAGCACAGGCUGAGAGCCGGGAGGUGCUGCAGGACACCGUGAACCUCCUUUUCAACCAUCCCAGGCAGAGGAACGCCUCCCGGGAGAACCUGAACCUCCCGGAGCCCCAAGCUGCCGUGGGUCAGCCCCGCUCAAGGCCCCUGAAGGUUCCAGGCAGCCCCCCAGGGAGGGCGCCCGGAGAUCAGGGCGGCCCGGAGGCCCCGCUGAGCCCGCCGGCCUCCUCGGCAACCCUGAGGCGGCAGCGGCAUCUCAAUGGCAAAGUGAGCCCCGAGAAAGAGUCCGGGCCCCGUCAGAUCCUGCGGAGCCUGGUCCGGCUGUCGGUGGCGGCCUUCGCGGAGCGGAACCCUGUCGAGGAACUCACUGUGGAUUCGCCUCCUGUUCAGCAAAUCUCCCAGCUGCUGUCCUUGCUGCAUCAGGGCCAAUUCCAGCCCAAACCAAACCACCGGGGAAAUAAGUACUUGGCCAAGCCCGGCAGCGGCAGGAGUGCAAUCCCGGAGCCGGACGGCCCAGGGGCCAGGGCUGGUGGCCAGGCAGAACCGGACCAGGAGGAAGGGCUCCUGGACCCUGAGGAGGACCUGUCUGUGAAGCAGCUGCUAGAAGAAGAGCUGUCGAGCCUGCUGGACCCCCACACAGGCCUGACCCUGGACCGGCUGAGCGUCCCCGACCCGGCCUGGAUGGCCAGGCUGUCUCUGCCCCUCGCCAGCAACUACCGUGACAACGUCUUCUCCCCGGAUGCCGCAGCCUCGGAGGAGCCCAGGACCUUCCAGACGUUCGGCAAGGCGCCGGGGCCCGAGCUGAGCCCGACGGGCACGCGUCUGGCCAGCACCUUCCUGUCGGAGAUGAGCUCGCUGCUGGAGAUGCUGCUGGAGCAGCGCGCGGCCGUGCCGGUGGAGGCCGCCUCCGAGGUGCUGCGGCGCCUCUCCGUCUGCGGGAGGACCCUCAGUCUGGACCUGGCCACCAGCGGGGCCUCGGGCUCCGAAGUCCCCGGGGGGCCGGCUGGAAAGAAGGGAGCCGAGGCCAGGACCAACAGCAGCAGCAGCAGCAGCAGCAGAGACCUGUGGAUCCAAGAACCGGGGGCCCCGGGAGAUGUCAGGAAGCCCAGGCCCUGAGGAUCCCCGACAGGCGCGCUGCUUUCUCUAGUCUUUGAACUCACUCACCAGAAGCGGCCUGAGAACGUUAGGGUGACCGAUGGGGCCCCAGAGAGGAGGCAGGAGCCCCAGGACCGUUGGCAGGGACCACAGCAACCCCUUGCAAGGGGCUGGCUCUGCCUGGGAAUUUUCAGGAGGAGGCAAGUCCGUUGGCGGCAACGUGUUUGCUGGCAAAACACGGAAAAGAGCACAGAGUAUUUGUCCACCUGCCGGACAGAUGCCAAGGACUGUCACGAGCAGGAAAGGGGUGUCCUCGUUACACACCGGAGGGUGGGGGGGCUGGACCCUGGGGCGCCAGGCGCAGCUCGCCGACCUAAUAAAGGAAAAGGAGCGGCUGG